GGUCGUAAGGAUCGUCGGAAGUCUGGUUUAAAGGUUCUGCCUCUGUGACAUGCGGACCUGGAACUUGAUUUUGGGGAGUAAACCGCUGGACAUCAUGUUGGCGAGAAGCUGCAUUGUGUUGAUUCUGCUGAUUGACAUUGCCGCAGCUGCAGUGUUUGUGGAGAAGCAGGAGGCGGAUGCGGUGCUGAGCCGGUGGCGGCGAGCAAACUCGGGAUUCUUGGAAGAGCUCAAGCAGGGCAAUCUGGAAAGGGAAUGCCGCGAGGAGAUCUGCGACCACGAGGAGGCCAGAGAAGUGUUUGAGGACGACACCCUGACGAAGCAAUUCUGGGACACGUAUGAACGUCGGGACCCCUGCCGCAUCAACCCGUGUCUUAACCACGGUGUGUGUGUCACCGUCGGGAGCGGCUUCCAGUGUCAAUGCGCCGAAGGCUUUGAAGGACGCUUUUGUCAGAUGGUGUUUGAAGACUCGCUCAAGUGUAAUUUCCACAAUGGCCAGUGUGAGCACUUCUGUGAUGGCUCAGGGAAACAUCGCAAAUGCUCCUGCGCUGAUGGCUACAUCCUGGGCGAAGACGGGCGACAGUGCAUUGCUCAGGUGGAGUUUCCAUGUGGUCAACUCGCUCCGAAUAAUCAGAGCAUGAUGCAGCAGACGAGGCUUGUGGGAUCCAACGAUUGUGCCCAAGGAGAGUGUCCCUGGCAGGUUCUGAUUCAGUUGAAUGGAGUCAGUCACUGUGGAGGCGCUUUGAUCCGUCCGGACCGGGUCCUUACCGCAGCUCACUGUGUCCACGGAAUCAAGCCUGACAAACUUGCUGUGGUGGCAGGGGAACACAACUUGGACGCUGACGAUGGCACGGAACAAAGAAUCCUCGUUUCCAUCGUGAUUACUCAUCAGGAUUAUGAGCCAGCGACUGGCGACAACGACAUUGCACUUCUGCAGUUGAGUGGAAGCGUGUCCCUGAGUAGAUGCGCCAUACCCAUCUGCCUACCUACCAAAGACUUGGCAGAGCGUGAGCUGCUGCUGCAGCCCACCCACAUUGUUUCCGGCUGGGGUCGGAGGACAAGCGGAGGAAACGAAGACACCUACAGUAGCACAACAGCUUCCGGGGAGGUCCUCGCCUUCCCCGUCCUCCGCAGCAAGUCUGUGCCCAUCAUCGAGCACUUCGUUUGCUCCCAGAUAGUCGGGUUCAACAUUACUGAGCGCAUUCUGUGUGCCGGCUACCCGGCGGGUCUGCGGGAGAGCUGCCGCGGAGACGACGGGAGCCCAUUGACCACUCUCUACGGUUCCACCCACUUCCUUACAGGAGUGGUGGCUUGGGGGCGAGGCUGCUCAGUCCGAGGCUACUUUGGCGUUUACACCAAUGUGGCCAAAUUUGUUGACUGGGUGGAGUCCAAGAACCUGCCCUUAACCACAAUGUCACCUGACAUGCUGUUUCAGGUCAUGGACUUCAGAUCAUCCCUACGCCACAAAGAGCUUCUUCUCCUCAACUCACCACCGGACGCCAUGUUUUGUUUUGGUGAACUAUCGCUCGGUGUGCUGUUUUUGCAUCUGGCCACCGCUCACGUGUUCCUGGGCACCGAAGAGGCAACUCAAGUGUUGAUACGGCCCAGACGAGCCAACAGAUACUUUGAAGAGCUCAAGCAAGGCGACAUGGAGCGCGAGUGUCGGGAGGAACGCUGCAGUUGGGAGGAGGCGCGGGAGAUUUUUGAAGAUGCAGCUAAAACUGACAAAUUCUGGGCCACAUACUUUGAUGGGGACGCUUGUCUUUCAACGCCCUGCGCUCACAGGGGACGUUGUGAAGACGGGAUCGGCAGUUACACCUGCUACUGUUACGAAGGCUACCAGGGUUUCAAUUGUGAAAUUGCUAUUCCUCAACUCUGCGAGAACCAAAACGGAGGUUGCCAGCACUUCUGCAAGGUGGUGCAAGGAAACAUUGAAUGCUCAUGUGCUGACGGAUAUUUCCUGGCUUCUGAUGACAAAUCCUGUGAAUCUAAUGAGCCCUUCAAAUGUGGCGUCACAAUCACUGGCAAAACCAGGACCAUUUUCAGGUACCAGCGUCCAAACAUCACAGAGGGAAAUGUCACCGAGUUCAACCAGACCCACGUUGAAAGCAAUGACACCGCCGCUGCCAGCCUGCCGGAGAGCUCACCUCUUGGCAACCUCACCAGCGAAGAAAUGGUGCAGGAAUCGGUGGAGGAGGAAGAAAUCUUCUCUGAUGUAGUGGGAAUGACCCGUAUCGUCAAUGGGGAGAACUGUCCAUCCGAAGAAUGCCCGUGGCAGGCACUUCUCCUCGAUGAAAAUGACAAAGGGUUUUGUGGCGGCACCAUCCUCAACGAAUACAUCAUCUUAACGGCGGCGCACUGCAUGAACAGCACGUCUUAUAUCUCUGUGAGGCUGGGUGAGUUUGACUUAUUGGUCGAAGAUGGGAAUGAAGCCACUUACUACCUGGAGACUGCCCUAACCCACAAGCAGUACAGCUCGGCCACUCUUGAAAAUGACAUUGCGCUCCUCAAACUGGCCUCGCCCAUCAAGUUCUCCAGGCACAUCCUGCCAGCCUGCCUGCCCGAGCCGGAUUUUGCUGAGAAGGUUCUCAUGGAGCAGCGAGACGGCAUGGUGAGCGGUUUUGGACGUCUUGGCCAAAAUCUGCCAGCAUCCAACAUCCUGCAGCGUCUCUCUGUACCUUAUGUGCCCCAACAGACUUGUAAAGAAUCGAGCAGUUUCCUUAUUUCGCCACACAUGUUCUGCGCAGGCUAUGACAAAAAGGCAAUGGAUUCAUGCCGAGGGGACAGUGGCGGCCCGCACGUCACGGCAUACAAAAACACCCAUUUUAUCACGGGGAUUGUGAGCUGGGGCGAAGGUUGCGCAAAGGAAGGCAAAUACGGCGUCUACACUCAAGUCAGCAGAUACAUCAAAUGGAUCCGUACCGCCAUGAAGGUGAUGUUGCGCAAAGAGAAGAGCGGGGGCAGGGUCAGGAGGCAAGGCCAACCAUUCAGAAGGAUGUAUUUAUGAGACGGCCACACAAAUUCCCGACAGAACGUGGAGACAAGUUGCAAACUCAUGCCAUUUGUCUGGAAGACAAAAGCUUUUCAAUGUGUGUAUUUUUCAAAGCCGCGAAAUAAACACUACAACAGAGCG